CCGUGGGGACGUCACCACCACUUAUUGGCGAAUGGCGGUUGUUGUUGUUAUUGGGGCCGACGGAGGGGAGGGAUCCGCCAGCUAGCCAUGGGUCUCACCCACCCCCUCCCGAUUUAGCGUUGAGCCCUCCUGAAAUGUGGUAGCUUUCAGGCUAACGGAAUCCGCUAUCAGUGCACGAACAUCCAUCACGGGUCACGCAUGGCUUAAGCGGCAGCUUGGUCUACGUGGGAGCGAGUAACCCCCCCCCCCCCCACCCACAGGGCCAGCAGUUCCCCUUUCUGAGUGCCCAAUCAAGAGACAUUUGUGGGCGCACUCUGCUCAAAAAAUAAAUGCCACUCGUUUGCAGAAAUUUGUGCAGGACAUUUAUUUUUUCAUGCGUUAGUCAUCGAGCCGAGCGAGCGAGCACGCGCGCGUCUCGUUUUAGUCGAUUUCCAUUUCUCGUUUUGUUCCCAUCGCUGCAAGGUCUGCGCGCGAGAUUUCGCGAGUAAAACUCAAGGGGAUUCCGGAAAGAGAGUCGAGACUCCGUCCUGUGGCAGCCCGUUUGUGCAUGGUGGUCGCCCAUCCCAGCACUAUCCAUGUUCAAUCCCGCUUAGCUUCCGAGAUAUGACGAGAUCAGGCGUAGUAACAGGCCAGGGACGAUGCCGGCGCUGGCGCUGUGGUGCGCGUUCGCUCUGCUUCACGGCGCGGCCGCCUGCCCCGCCGGCUGCAUAUGCUACAGAGACUCGACGGUCGACUGCUCCAAAAAGGGGCUGACGGAGUUCCCCACGGACGUGCCCAGCAACACCAAGAGGCUGCUGCUCCAGGGGAACCAGCUGCAGACGGUGCCUCCGGGCGCGCUCGACCACCUCCAUCGGCUGAUGAAGCUCACGCUCGAGGACAACCCCUGGCACUGCGACUGUUCCAUCCGCUACCUCGUGCUGUGGCUGCACGACGCGGCCCAGCUGGAGCGCGUCAACGCGACGUGCGGCAAGCCCAAGUUCCUCAUGCGCACACUGAUCAGCACCCUGAGCGGUCUGGAGCUGGGCACGGAGUGCGCGAGGCCCCAUUCGAUCUCGUGCUGGGAGGUGGCGCAGCGCGACAUCGGCCUGCACAUCAUCUACGCGACGCUGCUGCUGCCGCUUGGCUACUGCUACCUGUGGUAUCGCGGCGGCGGCGAAGACGGGGCCCGCGCCAGGGCGGCCAGCAGGCUCCGCCGCUCGCAGAGGGCGUCGCGGCUCGCCGCCAUCGCCGCCGAAGAUAUAUACGAGGACAUCGACGGGAGAAUCAUGGCCACGGGGGCUCUCUAGGCUACCGGGCGGCGAGGUGGCGUGGGGUUGAGGGGGGAGUGGGAGGGGAGGGUGUGCUUUGGGGUGGAUUGAGAAAUCCACGCAGAUGUCUCGCCUACACGCGCGUACGCGCACGUGGCCACCGUGUGUCUUUGAGUGAUAUAUGCUGGUAAGACCGCCUCAGAUGUACUUAACUCAGCUCAAAAGAUAUCUUCAAUUAAAGACAUCUCACUAUCUCGAGGUAA